GCCGCUCGGAGCGCUGGGUAGCGGCGGUCGGACGGGACGGGACGGGGCAGGGCAAGGAUGACGCGGACGCUCGUGGAGCUCUUUUACGAUGUGGUGUCUCCUUACUCAUGGCUGGGGUUCGAGGUGCUCUGCCGGUACCAGCACAUCUGGAAUAUUGAUCUGCGCUUUCGUCCAGCUUUCCUUGGUGGCAUAAUGCAAGCAACUGGUAACAAACCCCCAGCAAUGCUGCCAAAGCGUGCGGAAUACCUGCUGAAGGAUAUAAAAAGGAUGGCAAAAUACUACCAAGUGCCUGUAAAACUUUCAGAAAAUGUCUUCCAACGUAUCCUUGGUACAAGCACUCUUGGGGCCAUGCGCUUUAUCACAGCCGCUGAGAUGACACAACCACAAUACUUGGAACCCUUAUCUAGGGAGUUCUGGAUACGUUUUUGGUCACAGCAUGAAGAUAUCAGUCAGCCGGAGAAUAUAUUGGCUGUUGCCAGACAGGCUGGGCUAUCAUCAGAGCUCACCCAGAAGCUACUAGAAAUUAUUUCAUCUCCUGCAGUGAAGAACCGACUGAAAGAGACAACAGAGGAGGCAAUAAAAUAUGGGGCAUUUGGGAUGCCUGCUGUUGUGGCACAUUUUAAGGGGGAACCUCAUCUCUUUUUUGGCUCUGAUCGUUUAGAGCUGCUAGGCAGCUUUAUAGGUGAAAAAUGGCUGGGCCCAGUUCCAUCAGUUCCAAGCCCCAAGAUGUAAAAAAUCCUGGGGAAAUACAUAAGAAUGAAAAUAUAUAUGUACAUGGACAAUCUUCAGCGAUUAUCUGAAUGUAUCCAAUUUUAUGGCUUUCUCACCCUCAACAGCUGAUUUUACAACUCAGUCUCAUCUCUAAUUACAAAGAAUUUCAAGGCUUGACAGUAGUACCAGUCUGCUGAGGUCUUUACCAAUACCAGUGUGCUUCUUUUCUUUCAACUGAUUAAUGAUUAACAUUAAACAGUAAAUAUUUAACUUCUUGAAGAUUAAUCAUUGUUCUUCCCUUAUUAGUUCUCCUCCCCUAAAAGCAUGAAGAUUAAGUUGUUACAGGAC